UCUUCACUCCUCCGCCACUGCGCACAUCCACCAGUGCUGCUUCCCGCCCUCUCCUCUCGUCCUCUCAUUUGCCUCCUCAUCAUAUUUUAUACCUUUUUUUUUCCUCCCCUUGUUUUUUCCGCGACGCCUAAGCUGGAAUGAUACUGAUGCUUUUCUAAUUAUUUUUCUAUUUGAACGCCACGUCUUUUUUGGGGGGGGGUUCUUUUUUCAACCCCCAUUCUCCCCGUCUACCAGAUCGUUGACGGCAAAUUUGGAGUGCCGCUCCGGGAGAGCCUGCUGACGGGCAACGCUGGAGGACGAGAGGUAGUCGUCGUCGUCUUCUUCUUGAAGGAAUGGGCGAUGGAAUGCACCGCAGCUUUGCAAUGAGAUGCACGUGGCUCUGCUUCUUGCUCGCCAGCCUCACCUGCCGCCCGUGCCUCCAGCAGGAGGCGACGGGGACGCCCACCGAGGCAGAAUUAAUUAACAACAUCACCGUGUUCACGCGUAUCCUGGACGGACUGCUGGACGGCUACGACAACAGGCUGCGCCCCGGAUUGGGAGAAAAGGUGACAGAGAUCAAAACCAACAUUUUUGUCACCAGCUUCGGUCCUGUUUCGGACACAGAAAUGGAGUACACCAUCGACGUGUUCUUCCGCCAGAGCUGGAAAGACGAGCGUCUGUGCUUCGAAGGCCCCAUGAAGAUGCUGCCACUCAACAACCUUCUGGCCAGCAACAUCUGGACGCCCGACACCUUCUUCCUGAAUGGAAAGAAGUCCAUUGCGCACAACAUGACCACACCCAACAAGCUCCUGAGGCUGCAGGACGACGGCACGCUGCUCUACACCAUGAGACUGACCAUAUCUGCAGAGUGCCCCAUGCAACUGGAGGACUUCCCCAUGGAUGCGCAUGCCUGUCCUCUUAAGUUUGGAAGCUAUGCAUACCCGGUCUCGGAGGUGGUCUACACGUGGGAUAAGGGGGCAGCCAAGUCGGUGGUGGUCGGCGAGGAGGGCUCCAGGCUCAACCAGUACCACCUGAUUGGUCAGACGGCCGGCACUGAGGACAUCUCCACCAGCAGAGGUCAGUACACGGUGAUGAUGGCUCACUUCUACCUGAAAAGGAAGAUCGGCUACUUCGUCAUCCAGACGUACAUGCCGUGCUUCAUGACCGUCAUCCUGUCGCAGGUCUCCUUCUGGCUCAACCGUGAGUCCGUGCCCGCGCGCACCGUCUUCGGUGUGACCACGGUGUUGACCAUGACCACGCUCAGCAUCAGCGCCCGCAACUCACUGCCCAAAGUGGCCUACGCCACCGCCAUGGACUGGUUCAUCGCUGUGUGCUACGCCUUCGUCUUCUCCGCCCUCAUCGAGUUUGCCACGGUCAACUACUUUACCAAGCGCAGCUGGGCCUGGGACGGCAAGAAGGCCAUGGAGGCCCAACAGCCCAAACGUAAGGACCCCUUGGCGCUGUCCAAGAAACCCAACAACGCCUGCGCGGCCGGCGUCAACUACACGGCCAACCUGACCAAGGACGCGUCCGUGUCCACCAUUUCCAACAGCACGUCCGUGCAGCUCAAGGCGGCCCCCGAGGCCAAGGGCGCCGACCCCAAGAAGACGUACAACAGCGUCAGCAAAAUCGACAAGAUGUCCCGCAUCGUGUUCCCCGUGCUGUUCGGCACCUUCAACCUGGUCUACUGGGCCACUUAUCUCAACCGGGAGCCCGUCAUCAAGGGAGCCGUUUAGAUGGAACUAAGGCGCAAAAGCCACCAAGCACUUAACGUUCCAAAUGUCACCGUCUUGUUUUCAUUUGAGGUAAUUUCAUUGCAUGUUGCUUCUGCUACACCUAACCUUUCCUUCGUUGCCAUGUUUUUCCACAUUUUAAGCAUUUGGAUUUGAUUGUCGUUCUCUCCGGAAAAAGGGACAGGAGGCAUUGUGCCACAGUACAGUGAGGUUAAUUGUUAGCUGGGAAAAAUACCUGACAGAUUUCGUCAAAUUGGUAGCAAAUAUGAACCAACUAAGGUGGGUGAUGCUCAAUUGUAAGUGUUUUGAUUUUUUUUUUUGUCAUUUUGUAUGGCUAUAGUGGCAAAAUUGUAUGAUUUGCUAUAAAAUUACAAACUAAUAACUACGCAAUUUUCCAUUAGCAAUGUGGAAUUUGUAAAACAUGUCUAUUAAGACCCACAAAA